AUGAAAGGUUCUGUUGUUGUGUCCACUACAUCCGGGGAUGUGAGAGGGUACGAGUUUCCGACCACACCCCUCGUGUCGGAUCCUGUCUUCGACCGUCUGUAUAUCUUCAAGGGGAUUCCUUAUGCCGCUCCGCCUGUGGGGGACCUCAGGUUCCGUCCCACACAAGACCCCAUACCGUGGACUGGUAUCCGUGAUGCCACCAGAUUCGGGGACGCGUGUUCUCAGUUCAACCCCCUGGCCAUGAUUAAAAACCGCACAGAAAUUCCAGCCGUCUAUCUAGGCAUUUUCUCUGUACCGGGCAACAUGAGCGAGGACUGUCUGAGCCUAAACGUCUACACAAGUGACGUCUCAACUACUGCAAAACUACCGGUAAUGGUGUGGAUACAUGGUGGCGCCUUUACAUUGGGUACUGCCAGUAGCUAUGGAGGAGAGGUGCUUGCUGCGUACCACAGUGUUGUCAUCGUCACCAUGAACUACCGCCUGGGCCCGCUAGGAUUCCUGCAGACUCAGGACGACCAGGCACCGGGAAACUUUGGCCUUCUUGACCAGGUGAAGGCACUACAGUGGGUACAGAACAACAUCCGGAACUUCGGAGGAGACCCAGACCGUGUGACCAUAUUUGGCGAGUCCGCGGGGGGUCUAAGCGUGUCGUACCUCGUCAUGUCUCCCAUGGCAACGGGACUGUUCCACCGGGCCAUCUCCCAGAGUGGCGCGGGGCUGUGGCCAGUUCGCGAUAAGGGUGACAUAUCAUUGACGAAGAUGGUUGCCGGUAAACUGGGAUGUGACACCGAUCACUAUGACAACAUGAUGCGUUGUCUACGAGGGAAACCCGCAGAUGAGAUCCAGAGGGCGCCAGAUGUGAACCAAAUGACGUACUUCGUGAUUGACGGCCAUUUUCUUCCUGAACACCCGUGGUACCUGCUCCAAAAGCACCAACUGAAUCAGGUAGACUACCUGCUAGGUACGAACACUGACGAGUUCGGUUGGCUGCUGUCCUUCACGAUGCCACAUGUGGACGAUGACGGAAUGAACAUAACUGAAUUCCAGGCCGCCGUGCCUGUAGACCUAUCCGUCAUGACCGGUAGCAUAUAUCCAAAUGGAGACACCAGCACACUUGCUCCAAGAGUGCUGGAGGAAUACCGCGAUCCGGACAGACCAGACGAUCCCAUCGCCAUACGUGACCAGUACCUACAGUUCCUUGCCGACAUGUUUUUCAUAUCCUCUACCGUCAUGGUGGCACAGUCUCAGUCAGAGCAAAAUGUCCGAGUCUUCCAAUACGAGUUCCAGCACCGUACGUCAAUGAUGACAUUCAAGCCGGAUUACGUCAGGGCGGAUCAUGGCGACGACGUGUGGUACGUGUUCGGAACCCCCCUUCUGCGUAACGUCACGAGCGGUUCAUGGCUGUUCCCCAUGACGGAAGAAGAGAGAGAACUGAGCCGGGACAUCAUGGCGUACUGGGUCAACUUUGCCACUAACGGAGACCCCAGUGACUCUUCAGGGUCACCACGCAUGCGUACUUUGACAGACUGGCCUCGUUACACGCCCUCCUCCCAAGCCUACCUGAAACUCGACGUGACGUCAUCGCCUGACGUAGAUCUCAGGAAGUCCCGGAUGAAGUUCUGGAAUGAUGAGGUGCCCAGGAUGAUGGGAAUGACGUCAGAGUCAACUGGCAACGGAGCAAAACUUAACAUAGGCAGUAUUCUCGUGAUAUCGUCUUUAUUUUCCUCUCUAUCAGCGUCCAUGUGA